CCAGUCUAUUUAUACCCUGAAUUUUGUAAAUCGGAUGGUGGAUACUGGAUAAGCGAAAACGAGGGAGGUGAGAGAGAUAAGGGUUUUCUCCAAAGCAUUAAAAAAAACGAGUAAACCUCACUGGAAGUGACUUAGUUCGCAACUCCCGAGGUGUCUUUCGAAGAAUUGAAGCCGAAAACAAGGAAACGCAGUUGCCAUUAAAACCCAUCUUCUUUCGUUACUAAUUUCAAACAAAGUUUCCCUUUUUGCUCUUUUUUUUAUGUGAAGUUUGGGAGUGUUUUUUUAAUGGAUCCACCGGCAAUGAUGAGUGAUGGCGGGUACAAUAUAGCGGAGAUCUGGCAGUAUCCCGUAAGUGAAUCCGCGAUAAGGAAGGGUCAAUUUGGGAAUGUGUCGGGUCAUUUCGUCGACCCGAAUCGAGAGGUAUCGGGUAAUGAUCCGGUGGGCUUGGAGCAGCGGCGGCAGAGAGGGGUUGGUGUGAGGCGGAGGCGUGGUGGAGAAGAUGAGUCAGCUAAGAUUGUCUCCACCGGUAGUGGCAAUGGCGUGAGUAUUUGUGAUCGGAAAAAACUCAAAGCGUCAGGAUGUAGAGACGAGAACGAUGAUUCUAAACUCGAAGCAGAAUCCAGUUCAGGCAAGCUAGUGGAACAGAAAGCUCAACCACCAGAGCCACCUAAGCAAGAUUACAUCCAUGUCCGUGCUAGAAGGGGUCAAGCUACCGAUAGUCACAGUUUAGCAGAAAGGGCUAGGAGAGAAAAGAUUAGUGAAAGAAUGAAAAUUCUUCAGGAUCUGGUCCCUGGUUGCAAUAAGGUUAUUGGCAAGGCUCUUGUCCUUGAUGAGAUAAUUAAUUACAUCCAAUCACUACAACGUCAGGUCGAGUUCUUGUCAAUGAAGCUUGAAGCAGUCAAUUCAAGAAUGAACCCUGCCUUUGAAGUAUUUCCUCUUAAAGAUUAUGAACAACAAGCGUUUAAUACUACUGGAAUGGCAUUUGGUUCGCAAGCAACAAGGGAAUACAGUCGUGGUACAUCACCAGAGUGGUUGCAUAUUCGCGGUGGUUUUGAAAGAACAACGUAAUCUCAAAAAUUCCUUGUCAAGCAGCAAUAAGAACAUUAAUUUCUAAUGAUUCGUCCUUCAGUCAUGCCCAAAGAAGUAUAUUGCAUCCCGGUAAACCAAAGAGAGUAUAUUUUCUUUCCCGCAACAUGAGGCAUCCAGCUGCCGUUGCUGUCUAAAAGAAUGCUAAAGUUAGUACUUGAACAUCUUCGUUGUUGUGUCUCAGAGGAUGUGUUCUUUUACAUCAUCUAUGAAAUGUCAGGUUUUACAGCCUUCUCUGUACUAUAUACCGGUACUGAAUCUCGUAGAAUCGUUAUUGUUGUUGUACAAGAAAGUUGCUUGUUCAUAAUUACUGAUGCUUUAAUGUUGAGCCAA